CAACAAAUUCCGCAACUUAACACAGUGAACAUACCUCACCACAAGAAAAUAUUUAUUAGAAUUUAGUACCGACGUUUAAUUUCACCAGGUUUUCUACGAAAUAUCAUUUCUAUUACCAAGUGUUAUACAAAAUUAACAAAUUCAAAACCAAUAAUGAAAGGUAAACUCUAAAAUUUAUAAAUUGUUAUCAAUCCACUAAGUCUUAUCAGCGACAUCGAUAAAGGCCUGGCACAGUGAUUACAUUAUCUGAGUCACGUCGCCCCACUUCCUUAACCGCUAAGAGAAAAUUCGUAGUAUUUAGCAGAAUAUAAGACACAUACUUUGGUAUUCAGAGAAGUAACAUAGGUUUGCACACCAUGUUUUUUGUUAAAGGUAUACGCCAAGCAUUGGCCUCUUUAGCCACUUAUCAGUUGGGACGACGUAUUAGCGGCCGAAAUCUGCACUUCUUAAUUUUAGGAAUCGGUUUUACUACCACUGCUUCCGUCUCCUUUGUCCAAAUGGAAGCUACCCGGAAACGCAAGCUAAACACUUCUGUGUUUAUGUCAGAACCGGUAACGGACAAAAGUACGCUAAUUGCCAACGAAGACGACAUGCGUACUAAAAUGGAAUUAAUGAUAAUGAAAAUACAAGCUGACGUAUGUCGUGCGUUAGAGGCAGAAGAAUACGCGGGACAAAAAUUUAAAGUGGAUCGCUGGAUUCGAACUGAAGGUGGUGGUGGCAUUACGUGUGUUCUUCAAGAUGGCGAAGUAUUCGAGAAAGCAGGAGUUAAUAUUUCUGUAGUGACCGGCAUGUUGCCUCCGGGUGCAGUUCAACAAAUGCGAACGCGAGGCAAGAAACUAGAAGAAGGUAAGAAAUUACCAUUCUUUGCUGCUGGCGUAAGUGCAGUCAUACAUCCCCGCAAUCCACACGUACCAACGAUACAUUUCAACUAUCGUUAUUUCGAAGUGGAAAGUGAGGGUGAAAAACAAUGGUGGUUCGGCGGAGGAACUGAUCUCACACCAUAUUAUUUAAACGAAGAAGAUGCUGUACAUUUUCACAAAACACUAAAGGAUGCCUGCGAUGAACAUGACUCCAGCUACUAUCCACGAUUCAAAAAAUGGUGUGACGACUACUUCCGCAUUACCCAUCGUAAAGAAAGUCGUGGUAUUGGCGGCAUAUUUUUUGAUGAUAUAGACACGCCCAGUCAAGAGGAGGCGUUCAAAUUUAUUACAAGCUGUGCCAAUUCUGUAGUCCCGUCAUAUUUGCCCCUUGUUCGCCUUCACAAAAAUGAUGAAUACGGCGAACGUGAACGUCAAUGGCAACUUCUGCGACGCGGCCGCUAUGUGGAGUUCAACCUAAUAUAUGAUAGGGGUACUAAAUUCGGACUUUACACUCCGGGUGCUAGGUAUGAGAGUAUAUUGAUGUCAUUGCCUUUAACGGCACGUUGGGAAUACAUGCACACUGUACAACCCGAUUCACAAGAGGGGAAGCUGUUGGAGGUGCUCCAGAACCCUAAGGAGUGGAUAAUAAAGUCUUAAUGUAUGUUUAGGAAUAAAGACAACUUUGAUUAAGAUGCAAACAUGCAACCUCUAUAUCAAAGACCCUCGAUGAAUUAUGAAACAAUGGAAGAUGAAAUACAAUGGGAGUGUUUGUUAUGUUUGAUUAUUGUCAUGGCAGUUAUUAUGCCAUUGAUUAUGAAAUAUAGUUAUUUGUUCACGUUUGAACAAUAGUGCCUAUUUGUAUAUUUGCGCGGUUAUUGUAGUAUUUAAAGGGAAUAAAAUGCACUUUUACAACAUUUUAUAAAUAAUGAUGCAUAAUUUAGCAAAUUCAA